AAGCGAAUUUUUUAUAUUUUUUUUUACAAUAAUUUUUUAUACUUUUUUUAUAAUUUUUUAUAAAAAGAAUAAUUAAAGAUUUUGGCUAAAUUUGGAAAAAUAUUUGGAUGCAAGAGACUUAAAAAAAUUGCAGAAAAAACACCAAAAUGAGAGUAAAAGAAAAACUGUUGUUAACACCAAAGCCCAUACGUCCACAACCGGUGCAGCAUCAUGGGUUUUUCGGCAAAGCUUUCCUAAAACAGCAUAUGAUGAUCGAUGAACGCUGGACACCAGAUUCAUUGACGCAAGAGUUUCAAAAGAUGGGAAUGCUGUUGAAAAAACACAAUCAUUUCAAUCGUUUGGAAAAGAAAGUAAAACAGAAACAGUCGGUUAAAACUUAUCACUCGCUGCAGAAACAAUGUCGAGAUGGUCGUUCACAUUUGAAACUUCUACAGGAUGGAGAUCCUCAAGAGGUUAGAAAUAUACUCAAGGAUCAUCGCCAUAUGCAGCGUUUGUACCAGAAAAUGCCCCUACACUUGGUAGUAGAUAAUAUCAAUCAACGUACAUUUGUAAUGCGCAAAGAACGUGAUCGUUUGGAAAGUCGCUUGGAGAAAUUAAAAAAUAUCUAUGACCAGAAAUUACUGGAACGAGGCAGUGUAGAGAAUCACAUAACUUAUGAAAAUGAAUUUAAGUUGGAGGAGGAGUCCAUGAGCUACGAAUUGGAGCGUAAGUUGGGUAAUUCAGAAAUGCGUUUGAAAGCUGUGAUGGCCAUAAAUUCCACUUACAAAAGAAUUAUACAAAUACUGCGCCACGAUGAAAUAUUCUAUGAACCCAUAUUACAUUCUCUGGAUAGCGAUAUUAAGGAUCAGUCAGAAUUCAUAAAACAUAUUCUGCAUUUGGGUUCUCCCGCUCUAGCGCGCUUCAAGGAAUUGGGUGAUCAAUAUAGACUUAUGGAUGACAAAGCUCGUAAAAGUAGUCGUAUGAGUAUACAGCAGUGUUCAAAUUUCCGUAAAAUCAGCUCUAAAAUCUAUCAGAGAGAACAUAAACAACAUCAGGAUAUUGCCUACAGGGUAAGACGUUAUGUAAGGGAGACGAGAAGUAUGCUUGAUUUGAAGGCUAAAUUUGAAGAAAUUGAAGAGGUUAUUAAGAAAAUAAAAAUUGCCACAUUAUGUUCGCAGGAGAAAGAUAUUUAUCCGAGAAUUAAAUAUCAGAUGAAAAACAAUUUAAAGUUGAAUUCAAAAAUAGAGAACGAUAUAUUGGGUCAUGAGGUAUUGGAAACCAAAAUGAAAUGUGCCUCAGUACUGCAAGGGGUUUUGAUUAACAAUUUAGCCGAAGAUGGAAUCGCGCGUUUGGAAAAGAUCAAAGAACUUAAGGAAGCCAUCAGAAUGGAGGAUGAAUUUCAAGAGAAAACCUUGGCCCACAUUAAAAGUCAUUCAGAUUGUUUUGUGCUGUUGCGUUAUUCUCUGUGGAAUCUGCAUGAUAUCAUGAGACAUGUGGGUCCCAGAAGAAUACCAAAACUUAAAUAUCCCGUAGAUUAUCUGAAAUUACCACUGCUAAAAUAUGAAAUGUUAACAACAAAAGUGUUUGCUCCGGAUCCUUUCGAAGAGAAUGUAUCCCAAUUGUUCAAUAUAGUGAAAUCGAAACUUAAGCUUUUAUUGAAUGCCUUUGGCAGCGAUUUGUCACGCAACUCGAUUAGUAUUCUUAAGAAUUCGUAUUGCAGUGAAAUGUUAAAUUACAGGGACAAUGACUCACAAGAUAUUCAAGAUUCGCGUUUUAAAAUAAACAAUGAAAUAGAUUUGAUCGAGGAAGUGAAAUCUUAUCAGAAAAUCUUAAAUCGUCGACAAAUCAAAUUGGCCAGUGCUCGUUUGGUUGAGGAUUGUGUAAAAAAGGAUGAGUGAGUUUUUAAAUAGGUAGUGUAUAAAGGAAAUACAUAUUCUUUUUGUAUUUUAUUUAAAUUCUGUCUCAUUUAAUAUAUUUACUUGUCUUUAAAUACUAAAAGUAUUUAGAACAUAUUUACCAGUUUUAAUUUAAGUCUUGUGUAAAUUUCAAUUAAUAAAUUUAAUG